AUGGCUGGACAUGGACUUCGCAGCGUGCGGCCUCCUUGCAGUUCUGUGCUGCUUUUCUCGUUGAGCUUUGUCAGGUGCGCCAGUGUGGAGUUUGCACUCGGAGUUCUCGCCGGCAAUCCACAACUUCACGCAACGGCAGCUGCAGCCUUUAUCGACUACCAGAAGAAUUUCAAUGCUUCCUUGACUGCCCGGUUAGGCCCUCCAAUCAUCGAGAUCCCUGGUGGAGUGCAUCCAAAUGCAAGCAUGGGAGCCAUCAGUUUGAGCAUGAAGGACGAUGGUGAUUCUGACAAGACGGGCAUGUCCGAAGCCUUGAACUUGCUUCUUGGCCUUGAGGGCAAUGCGCCUGUGAUCGGAUUAAUCGCUUCCCUCGACCCGGUUGCUACACUGACAGGUGUGCGGCAGAUACCCCAAGUAUCUUGCUAUGCCGAGGGCCCCAAGUUGUCUAACAAGAAGGAAUACCCCUUCUUUGUUCGAACCACGCCACCGGACAGCUUCCUUGCUACUGCCAUUUGGCAUUGGGUUGUACACUUCAAUGUCCCAGCAGCAGCUUGUGUUUAUUCCGACGAGGGCUACGGCCAAAGUCUCUUCGGAUCUCUGAAUGAUCUUGCUCGUGCCAACGGUCAGCAAGACCGCAUUCAGGGACAGGGCUUGGGACGGAUGUCAUUGUUAGACUUCAAUGCAGAACAAGCUCGUGAAGUAGCACAGCUUGUGAAACGGAUUGGAUCCCAUUUUGUCGUUCUUCUCAUCCAUGUCGCCUUCGCUGGCGGUUUUUUCAACGUCCUUGAGCAGGAGGGCAUGGUGACGCCAGCAUGGCAAAUACUAUCGACGGAUACGUUCCAAGCAGAUGCAGGCAGGAAAGUGGGUUACAUGUACCUGAGACCCUCUGGUGAAGGCGCAAAGGCUCCGGAGCUGCGGCAGUUGUGGUCCUGGCUUUCACCACAUGACAUGGAAGCCACGAAUCAGAUGCAACUACCUGCUGGCCUGGUCGGGGAUGAGAUGUUCGAUGAAGGUGCGGUGUUUGACCCAAUCGCAUUCUGUAACUUUGACUCGGUGUACGCAUACUUCAUUGCCAUUAACAACCUCCUGCAUUCGGGCGUGGAUGCAAGUGAAGUCCGCGGCCGCGCACUCUUAGAUGAGAUGAGCAGGCUCGGAUUCAACGGCGUGUCGGGUGAUAUGAGCUUCGAUAGGAACGGUGACCGGCUGGGGGCUUUUGAGUUCCUGAACGUGCAGUCCGAUGGCAACAUCGCUUCUGUUGCGUCCUUCAGUGCUAAGACAUUGAACUUCACAGUUACGGCGCCUUUGACAUGGAUGGAUGGGUCAGUGGGGUACUUCCCGCCGCCAGACAUGUAUUCUUGUGAUCCCGGCUUCUACCAGGAGGAGCAAACAAGGCAGUGCAAGAUAUGUCCGCAGGGGAACUUCUGUGAAGGAGGGCUGACGGCUCCUCUGAUGCCCUGUCCCCGAGGCACUUUUGCUCCCGACGUGGGCAUGACCAAUUGCACCGCUUGCCCGAACGGCAGUUUCGCCCUGGAUGCGGGCUCGGCGGCAUGCGUUGCGUGUCAGCCUGGCACAGAGGGGCCUUCUGAAGGCAUGGAGCUAUGCAGGAGCUGUGAGGUGGGCUUCUACAUGCCAUCGUCGCGAAGCAGUCAAUGCCUGCCUUGCGGGCAGAAUCAGAUCACCCGAGGGCUACUCGGAUUCAGGGUCUUGGGUUCAGGUUAA